AGAAGAGCGAAUGAAGAUAAGUGAAGAAGAGGAAGACGAAAGGAGAAAAGACGAAAAUUCUAAAUAGAAAGGAAAGAAAAAAAAGAGAAAGAGCCUUUUAAAUGAUGUUAUUGAGAAGGAAAAUAUUCUCGUCACUUUAUGAGUCACAGUGAGAGAGAAUUUCUCUUUUCCUCUCUUGAAAUCUUAUUCUUUUUCUCUUCUCCUCAUCUUCAUCAAUUUUUUUUCUCUUGUUUAUAAAAUUUGAUUCUUUUUCGCUUUUUCUCUAAUUUUUUUGCUCUUUUUUGGUCCCUCUUCAAGUCUAAUUGUUUAUCUACAAGUGUAACAAUUAUCUGUAAAUUGUAAAUUGUGAUCUGUGAGGUUAAUUUCUAAUAACCACCAUGACGGAGGGAUUAUUGUUAAGUGAUGAUCCAGAUUUUAAAGAAGCUUUUUCUCUGUUUGAUAAAGAUGGAGAUGGAACAAUUAGUGUCAAAGAAUUUGGAUCUGUAAUGAAAAGCUUGGGUAAAAAUCUAGUUCUUAAAGGCUAUAAUUCAGAGCGUAAUAAUAUCUAUGAAAGAUCUCAACAACCACCUGAUCGAUCAGUGCCUAUUUAUUUUAAUACGAUGAUCGUCAUUUCCAUUUCUAUUGCCAUAAUCGUGGUGGUAAUUGUUUGUGCUGUGGCCUAUGCUUACCUUAAUCUGGAAGAAAAGAAAGCAGCUCUACUCAGAGCGGGUAUAAUGCCCACCUCUCCAUCCAAAAAUUUUCAAUACAUUUCUACAGCAUCGACUCCCAAUCAUUCCCAAUCCAUUGUAUCCGAAGAGAGUUCAUUAACUCUUCGAUACACCGAUUCAUCAGAUCGUAGUAAACCUUUAUUAGCUCGUCCACCAGUUCCUUCAGCACUUUGGGCUCAACAACAAGGACCAAUAAUUGAAGAAGAAGCUGAAAACUAUAUUUACGAGUCAUUGCCAUAUAAUAAGAAUCAUAGAGACUCUAAAAGAGUAUCAACCUUUUCCACAACAUCUCCCCCACCACCUCCUCGUGCACCACCACCAAAACACCCACCAAGUUUAGCUGCUCCACCAAAAAAUAAAAAAUCACCCGCCAGUCAACAUAAAUCACCACCAUCGCCAACCCAAGUACAGUCACAACAACAACAACAACAACAACAACAACAAACAUCUACCAUGUUAUCACCAACAACAGCUCACUUUCAACCUCAACCAUCAACAUCAUACUCACAUCAUCAAACACCACAAUCAUCAACAUCGACAGCUCAUCAUCAACAACAAACACCACCCCAACAUGGUACAUCAACAACAUCUUCAUCCGCCUCAUCAUCUUCUGCAAAUAAUAUCUUCUGUAAGGCUGAUGUACAUUGUGAUAAUGGAAACUCUCGUUCGUACAAUUUUUUCUCCUUUCAAGCAUGAGAAAGAAAAGUAACAAAAAAAAUUCUAAUUACCAUGAGUUGUUCGGAAUUUUUUUCUCUUUUUUUUCUUUAUAUUCUGUCAUGAUGCCUAAUCAUCAUUCUCUAGUAUCAUGACACUACCCCAACUUUCACAAAAGAAAACCUCACACCUACACCUACAUCCACACACACACACACUCAUCUUCUUAAAGUGAUUUUUCUUGACAAAAAUAAUAAUUGUUUCUCUUUCAAUCUCUUUUGUAAAUUAUUAUCAAUUCAUAUUUGUAUCAUUACAAUUACACACCAACAAUUUAUUUAAUAUGCAUUUGCUUUUUUGUCAUCAAACUCUUGACAAUUCAACAAGAAAACUCACUCAUCAAAUUUUUCAGGCAUCAAUCUUACAACUUAAUUGCUGUGAAUCAAUUCCUUAUACAUAUGAAACUUGUAAAGAGGAUCAAUUUUACAAACAAUCAACUUUUUAAAAAAAAAAUUAAACUAAUUUAUUUGCUUAAUAAA